AUGCAGAACAACAAGACAGAUGGCGAGGAGGGAGAGGGGGGACCCAACAUCCAGGGUGAUGGGGUCCCAAAAGAAACCAGUCCAUUUAUCAACAGUAAUGUGGAGAAGAGGCAACACUAUGAUGGCAAGAACAUGGCUUUGUUUGAGGAGGAAAUGGAUACCAGUCCGAUGGUGUCCUCUCUACUCUCCAGUCUUGCCAACUACUCUAACUUACCAACAGGCAGCAAGGAGCAUGAGGAGGCUGAAAACAAUGAGGAAACUCCACGGGCCACCAAACAACCUGUUAAGGCUCCACAGUUGGGCACACUGAUGGGCGUGUACUUGCCCUGUAUUCAGAACAUAUUUGGAGUAAUACUGUUCCUGAGGAUGACAUGGAUGGUGGGAAUCGGUGGAGUCUUGGGUUCUUUUAUCAUCGUCUUUAUGUGCUGCUCCACGACCAUGCUCACAGCCAUCUCCAUGAGUGCCAUUGCCACUAAUGGAGUUGUCCCAGCUGGAGGGUCUUAUUACAUGAUAUCACGCUCUCUCGGCCCGGAGUUUGGAGGAGCAGUUGGGAUCUGCUUUUACCUGGGUACCACAUUUGCAGGUGCCAUGUACAUACUGGGCUGUAUAGAAAUAUUACUGAUUUACAUAGUUCCUCAAGCUGCUAUCUUUAAGCUGGAAGGGCUGGAAGGAGCGGAGGCAGAAAUAGCGCUCCUCAACAACAUGAGAGUCUAUGGCACCAUCGUCCUGAGCUUCAUGGCACUGGUGGUAUUUGUGGGAGUCAAAUACGUGAAUAAACUGGCGCUGGUCUUCCUUGCUUGUGUGAUCCUGUCCAUUUUGGCUGUCUAUGCUGGAGUUAUCAAUACAAUCAUAGAACCUCCACUGUUCCCUGUGUGUCUUCUGGGAAACCGCACGCUUCUCUCCAAAAGUUAUGAUAUUUGUGCUAAAGUAAUUGAAAUAGACAAUGAGACCAUCACCACCAAACUAUGGCUGUCCUUCUGCGAUUCUGAUGCUCUAAACGCCACGUGUGACGAAUAUUUCACAAACAACAAUGUCACAGAAAUUCAAGGCAUUCCGGGGGUGACCAGUGGCAUCCUGUCAGAAAAUCUUUUUAGUAACUAUCUUGAAAAGGGCAUGAUGUUGGAGAAAAAAGAUAUUUUGUCCGAACAAGACCCAGACAGUCCCACCACUAACUCAGGGCGAUAUGUGCUCGCAGACAUCACCAGCUUUUUUACACUUUUGGUGGGGAUUUACUUCCCCUCUGUAACAGGCAUAAUGGCAGGAUCAAAUCGGUCAGGAGACUUGAAAGAUGCUCAAAAAUCAAUCCCCAUUGGUACCAUUGCAGCCAUUACCACAACAUCAACAGUGUAUAUGUCUUGUGUGGUGCUGUUUGGAGCUUGUAUAGAGGGAAUAGUCCUGAGAGACAAAUUUGGUGAAGGGGUGAAUGGUAACCUGGUCAUUGGUACUCUGGCUUGGCCAUCUCCGUGGGUGAUUGUGUUUGGUUCGUUUUUUUCCACUUGUGGAGCAGGUUUGCAAAGUUUGACUGGGGCUCCACGCCUCCUACAGGCCAUUGCUCGAGACGGCAUCAUUCCUUUUCUCAGAGUGUUUGGACAUGGCAAAGCAAAUGGAGAGCCAACCUGGGCCCUUCUGCUCACAGCCAGCAUUUGUGAGAUUGGCAUCCUCAUCGCCUCUCUGGAUUCAGUUGCUCCCAUCCUCUCCAUGUUUUUCUUGAUGUGCUAUAUGUUUGUGAAUCUGGCCUGUGCCCUACAAACCUUGCUGAGAACUCCAAACUGGAGGCCCCGCUUCAAGUUUUAUCACUGGGCUCUGUCUUUCUUGGGUAUGAGCCUGUGUCUGUCUCUCAUGUUCAUGUGUUCCUGGUAUUACGCCAUAGUAGCCAUGGGCAUAGCCACCUGCAUUUACAAAUACAUUGAGUUCUGUGGAGCUGAGAAGGAGUGGGGUGAUGGGAUACGUGGCAUAUCUCUCAGUGCCGCUCGAUUCGCUCUGAUGAGGCUUGAGGAAGGCCCACCACACACCAAGAACUGGAGGCCUCAACUCCUAGUUUUGAUGAGUUUGGACUCUGAGCAGAACGUGGAGCAGCCUCGUCUCCUCUCUUUGACUAAUCAGCUCAAAGCAGGAAAAGGCCUCACCAUUGUUGGUACCUCCGUUCAAGGCACGUUCCUGGACAACUACAUCGAGGCCCAGAGAGCAGACCAGGCCCUGAGAAAGUUGAUGGAGACAGAGAGGGUGAAGGGCUUUUCUCAGGUGGUAGUCUCCUCCAGUCUCAGAGAUGGGACAUCCCACUUGGUCCAGGUUGGGGGUCUUGGAGGCCUUAAACACAACACAGUGAUGGUCAGCUGGCCUCAUAAUUGGAAACAACCACAAUACAACCAGCAAUUCAGAAACUUUAUUGAGGUGGUCAGGGAAACAACUAUUUCCAGUCUGGCUCUGUUGGUUCCUAAAAACAUCUCUAGUUAUCCCUCAAAUGGAGAACGUUUCACGGAGGGUCACAUUGAUGUGUGGUGGAUUGUUCAUGAUGGAGGGAUGCUGAUGCUGCUGCCCUUUCUAUUGAGACAGCACAAAGUGUGGAGGAAGUGUAAAAUACGCAUUUUCACUGUUGCUCAAAUGGAUGACAAUAGUAUCCAGAUGAAGAAAGAUCUCAUCACAUUCCUCUAUCACCUUCGAAUAGAUGCCAUGGUCGAAGUGGUGGAGAUGCUUGACAGUGACAUCUCAGCCUACACUUAUGAGAAGACUCUGGUAAUGGAGCAACGUUCACAAAUACUGAAACAAAUGCAACUGACAAAGACUGAGAUGGAGAGAGAGAUCCAGAGCAUUACAGACUCAUCCCGUGGAUCCAUUAGGCGUAAAAGCACAGCGGCCUUUCGCUCCCAGCGCAGCACAGAUGAGCCAUCUACAGUUGCAGAGGAGGAGUCUGCAGCAGCCCCCAACCGUAAAAACAGCAAGAACACCUCCACGCCCACAAGCCCCACUUCCCUUAGUUCACUAGCAGGGGGCACUGGUACCUGGACUGAUGGUAAAACACUGGAAAGCAGCCCAAGCACUGUCACAGAGGGAGGCAAAGACCAUUUCAGCAUGAAACCAGAGUGGGAACACUUGAACCAGACAGAUGUGAGGCGCAUGCACACAGCCCUGAAACUGAAUGAGGUCAUCAGUAAGAAGUCCAAAGAGGCCAAACUGAUCCUGCUCAAUAUGCCAGGGCCUCCCAGGAACCGAACCAACAGAACUAACCCAAUGGACAAUGCAGUGUACAAGGACUAUCCAUUCUUUACAGACAUUCAAGUGAUGAUUUUUCUUGGUUUUGGUUGCCUUUUGUCAUUCUUUCGUAUGUAUGGAUUUGGGGGCAUAGUUUUCAACUUCCUCACUGCUACUUUCACUAUUCAAUGGGCUAUUUUGGUUCAGGGCUACUUUCAAUUCAGGCAUAAUGGUCAGAUCCACCUUGGUGUGAUUAACCUGAUCAAUGCUGAGUUUGCAUGUGCUGUUGUUUUGAUCUCUUUUGGGGCAGUCCUCGGGAAAACCAGCCCUUUACAACUACUAAUAAUGUCAUUAUUAGAAGUACCAAUAUUUGGAGCUACUGAGUGGGUUGUUCUCAAAUAUCUGCGUAUAAACGACGCUGGAGGAUCAAUUCUAAUUCAUCUAUUUGCAUGUUACUUCGGUUUAGGAGUUACAUUUGUUCUGUACAGGCCUCAACUGAACAAUGGACACGCCAAGGAGAACACAAGCUACCAUUCUGAUGUACUGUCUGUCAUGGGGACUCUGUUUUUGUGGGUGUUUUGGCCUUCUUUUAACUCUGCACUGACCAUUAAAGGCGAUGACCAACACAGAGCCAUUCUCCAUACCUUCAUUGGAUUAAGCGCCUCAACCCUCACAGCUUUUGCGUUAUCAUUUCUGCUAAAUAAAAACGGGAAAUUGUCAAUGGCUGAUGUGCAGAAUGUCACACUUGCAGGUGGGGUGACUGUGGGUGCGUCAGUGGACAUGAUGAUUUCUCCCGUAGCCGCGUACGCAUUGGGAAUGGCCGGUGCGACUGCUUGUAUGCUGGGUUACAAGUAUUUAAGUCCCUUUCUUGCACAAAAUUUCCGGAUCCAGGAUCAGUGUGGCAUUCACAACUUGCACGGCCUCACCGGGCUCAUUUCGUGCACAGCGGGGAUAUGCGCCAUUCUUUGGGCCAGUGAGGAGGUCUAUGGGCCAAGUCUGUAUGAGAUCUUUACGCACAGAGCUCCAGUGGAAGAUGACCCAAAAUUGUCAGAACUCCAACAGUUGGUCCCAGGUUUAGCGCCUGGUUUGGGGAGGACUGCUCGAGAACAAGCCCUUUUCCAGGCUGCAGCUGUAGGAUUGACCAUUGGAGUGUCCGCAAUUGGAGGCGUCAUCACAGGCUUCGUCCUGAAACUCCCAGGGCUUGCAGCUCCUUCGGAUGAGCUGUGUUUUGAUGAUGAGCUGUUUUUUGAUGUUCCAUAUGACUAUGAUGCACCAGUCAAUAAGACCACAACAACCGAGGACUUAGCUGCAUAAUGUACUCAAAGAUGUUUACCAGGCAUGAUAAUAAAAAAAAAAAAAAAACGAGAAUUAAAGAAUAAAUAUAUGUUACCAAGUAAUAAAAUGUAUUUAA